AUGUCUAUUCCUUAUGUCAACUCUCCAGAUCAAUUGAACAACUAUUUGAAAAGUUCAGAAGCAGUUGUUGUAUAUUUCACCGCUGUUUGGUGUGGUCCAUGUCAAGCAAUUGCACCAGUUGUUGAACAAUUAUAUUCAAAUUUUACCAAUGUGGAAAUUUUAAAAGUUGAUUUAGAUUCAAAUAAAAUUUUAGCUUCACAAAAACAAAUCACUGCUGUGCCUACUUUUAUCUUUUAUCAUAAAAAUAAUGAAGUUAAUAGAGUUCAAGGUGCAAAUAUUAAAUCUAUUAGUGAUGGUAUUGCCAAAUUAAGUGAACUUGCACCAAAUGGUAAAAGACGUGGUGCUUCUGAUUCUAGUAACUUGGCUGAAAGAGAAUUAGAUCCUACUAUUGUGAAAUAUGUUCCAAAGGGGUUCCAAACUUUAAAUGAAUCUGUAUUUUUUGCAGAUUUUGAAUCUUUAAAUACUAUUCCAUAUAGACCAGAAGGUGAUAUUAAAAAUGCAAUUAGAUCAAAACCAGACGUUUCAAGCGGUGGUACUGCAAUCGUAUCAGAUGCAGAUGAACAAUUAUUGUUACAUAUCCCAUUAACAAACAUUGGUAAAGUUUAUUCAAUAUUGAUCAAAUCUAAAAAACCUGCAACUGAUGGUGAAGUGGAAGUCGAUGAAGUACAAAAACCAACUAAAGUUAAAGUUUGGAAUAAUAGAACAAGUAUCUUGGGAUUUGAAGAUACUGAUGGUACAACAACUCAACAUGAAGAAGAAUUAAGUGAAGAAAGUUGGGAUGAAAAUGGUUGGUAUGAAGUUAAAUUUAAAUAUGUUAGAUUUCAAAAAGUUUCAAGUAUUGAUUUAUUCUUUGAAGGUGAAGAUGAUGAAAAACAUACAUUAAUUGAUAAAAUUGUUUUAAUUGGUGUUGAUGGUGAAAGUAAAAAUCAAGGUAAACUUGAAAAAUUAGAAGAUUAG